CUGUGUUGGAUGUGUCGAAAAAAAAGUAAAGGGGUAAAAGUGGGGUGUGAUUUGCGUAGCAGAGGCCAUUUGACAGCUGACAGGGGUGGAAAAUAAUUCCCGAAUUCAGUGGACUUGCUCAUUUUAAAUUGUCAACUAUUUGCGUAUCAAGCUGAUUUGUCCGGAGAUCAGACACCAUUCGAAGGAAAAUGUCAAAAAUAGAGGAGGGAAACGCGCACAUUCGCGCAGCUGAAAAGAGCUUGAAAACAACUUUGCUCAAGUGGAGACCGGAUUAUGAGGUCGCAGCUGACGAGUACAACCAAGCAGCCACAUGCUUUCGAAUCGCCAAAUCCCUGAAGCAGUGCAAGGAGGCCCUCAUCAAAGCUGCAGAUUGCUAUAAGGAGAAUCGAUCAUGGUUUCACGCGGCGAAGAGCUUGGAGCAAGUGGUUUUGAUAACGAGAGAUCUGGGGGACCUAUCGGAGAUUCCAAAAUUGGCGCAUUCUUCUUGCACGUGGUAUCAGCAGCACGGAUCACCAGAAUCAGGGGCUAACGUUCUCGAUAAAGCUGGUAAAAUGAUCGAGAACUCUAAUCCAGCUGAGGCAUUACCACUUUUUCAAAGAGCAGCGGAGAUUGUCAUGGGCGAAGACAGCCCAAGACAGGCAGCCGAGUACCUGAGUAGAGUAGCAAAAAUCUUAGUGAAACUAAAGAACUACGAUGAGGCAGCCAAUGCUAUUCGAAGGGAAAUAAGCUGUCAUCAGCGUAUUGAGCACACCCCAUCAGUUGGAAGACUUGCUGUGGUAUUGGUGCUUGUUCAAUUGGCCAGAGGCGAUCAGGUAGCCGCUGAGAAAGCUUUCAGAGAAUGGGGAAAUUACUGUGAUGCUCCAGAGAUUCAAACUCUGGAGAUGCUCCUCCAGGCUUACGAUAACGAGGACGCUAAUGCCGCCAGGGCAGCCCUCAACAGUCCAUUCAUCAAGCACAUGGACGUGGAGUACGCGAAAUUAGCUAGGGGACUUCCACUGCCUCAGCAGGAGUACGCGGUACCUCCUGCUGGUGUCAGGGCAAAUGCUGCCCCACCAUACGUAUCACCAAACCUUGAUAAACCCUCUGCCAGUCGUGAGACUGUUGAGGCUGAAGUCAAUCAUGACACUGCGUCAAUAGAAAAGGGUCUUGCCUCGACAAAUUUAUCGAGUGAACCCUCUAACGAGCCCCAGAGGACCCCCGAGACACCACCCGAAGAGAAAAAACAAGAAGAGGAGGAGGAUGAGUACGAGGGUGGCUUGUGCUGAUCCCUUUAUCCACUACACGAAUAUCUCCCCAUUUGUUCAAUCUAUCGAAUCAUUAAAAGAUAUACAAGCGCAUUUUACCCUGCACAAGACUGCCACCACAAACUGGCAAUUCUGCAAAUAAAUACGCUUAGAGCUAUUUAUUCACACGCAUUUAAAGCAUUGAAUGUCGAUAGAUGAUUGAUUAUUGAGACUCAUGUUGAAUAAUAACGAGACUAUUUUCUUGCGCUGAAGUAUAAUUACGCUGUAGCUGAAUAUAUUAUUCGAUCACUUGUUAAAUUGUUCAAAUUACAUAUUCUCGUUUUUUUUAUUAUUGUUUGAAUGCUAGUAUUACUCGGAUUGUUUUCGAGAUUUCGUUCAUGUGUAUUUUGUCAUGGAGAUUGGGGAGAUUAUUAUGCGUAGGUUAGAAUAAACGUCUAAACCUUG